AUGGCUUCCGCAUCAAAGGUUGUGUUUAUCCUGGGAGCUGGCCCCCGUAUCGGCAUGUCAGUCGCCAAGCGCUUCCUAAAAGAUGGGUAUAAAGUUGCGAUCGGAAAACGGAAUCCUCGGAGCCUGCAGGAUCCCGAACUCAAAGACAUGUACUCGGUUGCUGUGGAUGUGUCUCAGCCAUCAUCGGUUGCCUCUGCAUUCAAAGAGGUGACUGAAAACCUUGGAAUUCCCCAGCUAGUCGUCUACAAUGCUGCGCUUGCCACCUUCCCGGCAGAUCCUACCAAUCCAUUCACCGUUGCCCCAGACGCUUUUCAGCAAGACAUCGCUGUCAAUGCUACUGGAGCUUAUGCUGCACUCUACCAUGCAACAACCGGGUUCCUGCAGUUGAAGGAGCAAGACCGCACCGUUGCUCCGGCUUUUAUCGCAACUGGAAAUCUGACUCCCUUCAUGCCUAAACCUCUUUUUGUUACCCUAGGAACUGGGAAGAGCGCUCUGGCCUAUCUCAUUAAUAUAGCAAAUAAGGCGUAUAGGGAAAGAGGACUGCGAUUUUACUACGCCGCAAAAACCUCUCCACUAGGUGGGCCGCCACAGGUGGAUGGACCGGAGUAUGCCGAGGCAUUUUCUCAGAUCGUCAAGGGAGAGCUAGGAGGGGAAGGGUGGGAAGUCCGAUUUACUGUGAACAACGAAGGGAAUAUCGUCGAGAUAUCUCAUUAG